CACAACAUCAUCUACUCAACUCUCAACUCUCAACUCUUAUUACUCUCCCUCGACUAGGAACUUCUCAACUAAUACCACCAACAACCGCCAAAAUGCAGUCCAUUCUCGCCAUCACAAUCACCCUCUUGUCUGUCCUUUCCCCCGUCCUCGCUGCUCCUUCCUCGGCUGAGCAUCCUCAGCUUGUCGCUCGUACUCCCGGCAAUGUUUACGUCUGCACCGGCUCCAACUGGCAAAACACGUGCGAGGUUCUGAGCCUGGGCAUCACAGGCACCUGCACCAGGCUUCCUUCCACCUACGAUGGCCAUAUUGGCUCUGCUGGCCCUGACCAGGGCGCCAUUUGCCGUCUCUUUGCCAACGGAGACUGCACCGGCUCCGGCCUCGCUAUCCUUAUGUACCCCGGCGAUGCCAACUUGUACAACACGGUCAAUGGCAAUGAUGCUGGUCAUCAGGCGCAUUACAUCCAGUGCCGCCAGUGCACCAACUGCGUAUAA